AUGGAAGGCGAAAAGCACUGUGAGGUGGAAUUCGAAAGACAACGCUCCCUCAGUGUUCCAGUUAUAUCGAUAGAGAAAGUACCGGAUGACCGCAACGGUUCUAAAUCUGUGAGUUUUGAGAGAGAAACGAGGACAGAGAAUCGACGAUUUUCUGAAACACGACAACCAAAAAACACGACUUCACAUAAAAGUGUGAGAAGACUCUCAAGUGGGGGGUUGAUGCGAAAUCAGAAGAGGAGACCGUAUGCCAAAACAGCGAUCAUAGAUAGAAAACAAACUUCUCAUCACGUAAAGCAGCCGAAACUAAGAGGUUUCACUACAGGAAUAAUAACUAAUCCCGCACCGCGUGCUCUGACUCACGCUCAAAGCCGGCGCCAACGAUCGAAAUCCUUACCGUUAUUAAGGGAGAGUUAUGAACAGGACCACAAACAUUAUGACGGGGAAAUUUGGAGUCCAGCUUCCAAAGAAAGACAAAGCUCGGAUUCAAAGACUUACCGUAAGAUGUUGCAUCAACGUAGCAUGUCUCUCCCAACGUGUUUACAAUAUGAGCCUAAGCCGGAACAAAGCCAGAAGCAUGAGAAGGAAUCGGCGCUGUUUAGUACAAUGCGCAACACAUCAACUUCAGCUAACUUUGAGAAUUUUGUUUUUGACUUAAAUAAACUGUAUGUCGACAGUUUAAAACAAAGUGAUCAAGAAAAGCAAGAAUUGUCUUCAGUAGAGAGAAGAAGAUCCUGGCCGUUCUGUUGGAGCAAAAGUGUAAGUAACCAAUCUAUGGAAUCUUCAGGACAGAUCUCCGCUAAUUUUGAUAUUGGACUUAAUAGACAAGAGUCGUUGUUAGUAAACUCUAACAACAUCAGAAUUCAAAGAAGUAAAUCUCUCCCGUUGAUGGGAAUUUCUUUAUUUGGUGAAGUUAGAACAGAAAAGAAGACGAUAAAAGAUGAAGUUUCUAGAGCGGAUAAUGGAUAUCAGCACGAGGCUAGUUUCCGUUGUGGUGACGUACUUGGCGAAAUUAUUAUUAGAAAAGAACAUUCACGAGCAAAGAAAAGAACUCCAAUAAUUCGCUCAAAAUCCUUGCCCUUCGGGUUGAGCAUUGAAAGUGAAGCAAAGAUGUCACCGAAUUUAAUACCAAAAAACUCACUGAUGGAGAGUUUACAGCGUUAUCACAAGUUACAAGACGCCGUAGCAAACAGAAGAAAGGCAAGAUCUCUACCUUGUAUUUACGCCGGGAGUUUUCCCAAUAAGGAGACUUUGUUUAAGGUUCAGAACAUUCAUUUAAAAACUGACGAAACUAGCCUUCACCAAAAAGAAAAUAGCGAGGAAUCUGUAUUAAUCACCGAAAAAGUCAACGGAAAUAUUUCACUACUAAUGCCGUUAAAACGGGCGAGGUCGCUUCCUUUGAACCUAUUGGAAGAACAACAGCAAAGUGGAAAUGACCAUAUUAAAAACGAAACAAAAAAGGAAUCUUUCGGCAAACAUCCAGAUUUCAUCGGCAGAGAAAAGGCGAAAUCACUGCCUAAUAUUUUGGAAGGAGAACACAGUCUGAGUUUUUCACCUAUUGCGAUGCCGGAACUUCUGGAAAAAGACAGUAACAUUUGUGAGACAGUCACAGCAGAGGAAAAUAUUUACAAAACAGUUGUUGAGGUAGAAAGCGAGGAACAAAACAUUUACCCGAGUGAAGGUAACGGCAUUUCUACUGAACAAGACGAAAUUGGCGCCAAUUCAGAACAUCUUGACACUCGAGCAGAUUUCUUGAAACAACAGGAAGCAAACUUAGACAAGCAUCAACCAAACCUAUCAUGCCCUCAUAAACUUCGGAAGAGGGCCCGAGGCUUUUCAGUCCCUUGCUUAUUUAAAAUGGAAAAAAUUGUCGAGGAGCCAAGCGAUAUUGAACUUCGUUCCAGGGCGCGAGGCUUUUCAAUCCCUGGUUCAUUUCAAAUGGAAAAAAUUCUUGAGGAGCCGAACGAUAGUGACGGCUCCCAGACGCAAAGAAUUUGCGAUGAAUACGAGAAUAAUGAACAAAAUGACACUAACAGCGAAUCUAAAACGGCAGACAUUGUCGAAAACAACAGGCUGUCUGACAAAUCAUCAAUUGAAUAUUUCGGUGCCCCGAGCUGUAAUGAUAAUAGUACUGUCUUUUUCCAUGACAAAUCAAGAGGCAAACAAGAGGGAAGUCAUCAAAUGUACCACCACGAAAAUUAUUUGCAAAGAUAUGACAAGGUAGUUAGCCAGGCUUUAGCGAAAGUAAAUCGACUUGAAUUCUCAAAAUCAUCCUCUGGUCUUCACCGUGCAGCUGCUAACGGAGAUUUGGAAUGUGUUAAACGAUUGGUCGAAGAAGGUGAUGACGUGAAUGGUGUUGACGAAUCAGGCUGGCCUGUCCUGCACGCAGCUAUCACAACCGGAAACUUUGAUUGCGGCGAAUGGCUCGUGGAAGCCGGGGCUGACCUAAUACAUUACACAAACUUUGUUAUUGACGAAUACAGAAUUCUAACACAGCAGGUUUAUCAAAAUUUCUAG